AAGAUGGCGGCUAGGCCGCGGAGGCAUCGCUCGCGCUUUGCAAAGCAGCCGCGGGGUGACUUUUGUGAUGGCGCUAAGAAGACGAUUGAUGAACCUUCUCUUACGACUUCCAUGGAGUGGGACACGCAGGUGGUGAAAGGGUCUUCGCCACUCGGCCCCGCCGGGCUGGGGCCGGAGGAGCCGUCCGGCCCGCGGCUGCCAUGGUGGCUGCAGCCCGAGAGAUGCGCUGUGUUCCAGUGUGCGCAGUGCCACGUCGUGCUCGCUGACUCUGUGCACCUCGCCUGGAACCUGUCGCGGUCCCUUGCAGCCGUGGUCUUCUCCAGAGUCACAAAUAAUGUAGUUUUGGAGGCUCCCUUCCUAGUUGGCAUUGACGGUUCGCUCAAAGGCAGCACGUACAACCUUUUAUUCUGUAGUUCCUGUGAGAUUCCCAUUGGUUUCCAUCUGUAUUCUACUCAUGCUGCCCUUGCUGCCUUGAGAGGUCACUUCUGCCUUUCCACUGACAAAAUGGUGUGCUACCUCUUAAAAACAAAAGCCAUAGUAAACGCAUCUGAGAUGGAUAUUCACAACGUAUCUCUACCAGAAAAAGUUGCAGAGCUGAAAGAGAAGAUAAUGUUAACGCAUACUCGCUUAAAUUCACUCAUCAAGAUUCUGAAGGAAGGGACUCCUGACCAGUCCAAGCCAACAAACUGAUCCAGAAUCAAAGCUUGAGUAUCAUGUUCAGGCCUUACUGCUGUCUUCAACAACAGGUGCUGUUUGAUCACUUCUCAAGAAAGUUCAGUUUCAACGAUGAAUGGGAAAUGUGGUUUAUUGUUUACCUCUAGACUGAUUUUCCAAGUGAUUUGUGAAGCUGUUUCUGGAAGAUGAGAAACUAAGGAGACUUCUGUUCAGAUUUCAUAGUUAUCUGUCUUAAGAAUUUAUUUUAGCUUCUUAUCAAUUUCAUAAUAUUUAUUUCGGAAAACAUUUUGACUGCAAAUUUAGGGAUUAAGAGGCAAUGUCCCAUGAGUGCUCUGAUCUAAAGAUGCAUGUUUGGCCUGAAAAUAGCGUUGUACUUAUGUUGACUAUUAUUCCUACAUGGAGCAACUGUCAUGAAUACUGAGAAAUCAUUUUUUUCUUAUGUGAAAUACGGGUACA